AGAAGAGUGCGCGGGAAAACAGUUUCGAUCCGGCUCGAAUUCCGACCAGCCUCCGCUUCCUCCUGCCUUUGCAUCCCUGACUCCCUGAGGUCUCCCGAGUCACACGAGUGGAAGCAAAGCAGCUCAAGCCGCCGCCAUGUCCGAGGCUUAUUUCCGGGUGGAGUCGGGUGCGCUGGGACAUGAGGAGAACUUUCUUUCCCUGGACGACAUCUUGAUGUCUCACGAGAAGCUCCCAGUGCGCACAGAAAUUCCCAUUCCACGCCUCGGCGCUUUCUUCCCGGAGCGGAGCGGAGGGGCCGAGACCGACAACACCAUCCCUCAGGGCUCAAAGCUGGAACUCCCCUUGUGGCUGGCAAAAGGACUUUUUGACAACAAGCGGCGGAUCCUCUCUGUGGACCUUCCCAAGAUCUACCGAGAGGGUUGGAGGACUGUGUUCAGCGCAGAUGCCAACGUGGUGGACCUCCACAAAAUGGGGCCCCACUUCUACGGGUUUGGCUCCCAGCUCCUGCAUUUUGACAGCCCAGAGAAUGCAGACAUCUCCCAGUCUCUCCUCCAGACAUUUAUUGGACGUUUUCGCCGCAUCAUGGACUCCUCCCAGAACGCGUACAAUGAAGACACUUCGGCGCUGGUCGCCCGGCUGGACGAGAUGGAGAGGGGCUUAUUCCAAAUGGGGCAGAGAGGCCUGAACGACUUCCAGUGCUGGGAGAAGGGGCAGGCUUCUCAGAUCACAGCGUCUAACCUGGUUCAGAACUACAAGAAGAGGAAGUUCACCGACACGGAAAACUGAAGGCCAGCAGGACACAGCGUCACCCCUCGUAGACCCGUCCCUGUGUGGCCUCGGCACGGCUCAUUCCCUGCAGCUGUCGCGGGGGCGGUGUCAUCAGGUCGGCGAGGACGUGCUGGAGGAUGUCCCUGGCCCUGGGAGUCUCCCAGGACGGCCCCACCCUGCUGACCCAAGCCCAGGCCUCCCUCACCCAAGAAGCCACAGCCGAGGAGCCAUCCGAGCCCUUGAUCCAUAAAGAUCGGAAUACAUGUGCUGCAGUAGAGUUGGAACUGGAGUCCUUGUGCCUGGCAGGGACCUGCCAGCCUGAGAUGUCCACUUUCCCCGCGCUCAGAGCCACCUGGGUCUGUUCACGGAAUGUUCUCUCGCGCGCGGAAUUGCUUCAUCUUCCCGGUUGUGCAAAGGGCAGCACCCCCAGGAUGCCGGACGUGUACAUAUCUCUUGCCCCCUGCCUGUGGGGAGUUACCCCAAUUUCCAAAAUCAGCCAUGAAGAAGAAGGAAGGAUGCCCAGCCAGUGUGGCUCAGUGGUCGAGCAUUGACCUACGAACCAGGAGAUCACAGUUCGAUUCCCGGUCCAGGGCACAUGCCUGGGUUUCAGGCUCAGUCCCCAGUAGGGGGCGUGCAGGAGGCAGAUAAUCAAUGAUUCUCUCUCUCAUCGUUGAUCUUUCUCUCCCGCCGUCUCCCUCUCUGAAAUCAAUAAAAAUAGAUUUUUUUAAAAGAGAGAGAAUAAGGAAGGAAACGGGAAAGGCAGGCGAAUGGCAUGGUUCCACUGAGCUUGUUUUUGCCUCUGAGAUCUGUACGGCGUCUCAGUGGCUCCAUUCCCACCCUGGAAAAGCUGUCAGUGAUCCAAUGGCAACCUAGUUAUUAACGGGUGCUCAGCAGCCCUUAUUCCGUGACACCGGGACUUUGGGGUUGCUGGUCAGGAAGAGCCCCUGUCGGAGAAGCGUAGUUAACAGGGCACAUGGCAGUGGGCAAGAGGCCGUGGGUAUGUGUUUCCUUCCGUCCAUUUUGCACAUCUUGACGUCGAGGCUUCCUGAGCGGUUCCUGAGAAUCUAAGCAAACACAAAACUUCCCCUGGAGAUCCAGGCGGGAACCUCGGGCUGAGCAGGAGACAGCCUUCCUGGGGCCACCGGCCUGUUUGAAGGGCAGUGGUCUCCACCCCACUGCACCCCCACAACCAGGGAGAACUGCCUCUGUCACUGGACACGAGGAAGUUGGGUAUCCAGACUGCAGAUGUCUCAGUGCCAACUUAGAAUGUCAGGAGGGCUUUUAAAAAAUGCCUGUUUUGAGAUGGAUCCCGUGUUUUUAUCGUUUGAUUUCGGUGCUAAAUAAACGA